AUGACGUCCACGUCGACGCCCAACCACCAGCAUCCUCCCGCGACUUCGGCCUCGGAGUUCUCUAAUCAGACACCUCAUACCUCUCACGUCGAUUCGCAUGCGCAUCUAGCGACCAGCGGAUAUGCCCCAAAUGACAAUCAGUUAGCUGGUUUGGUGGAAGCCGCGACAGCAGCGGCCGGUCAGGACGUUUCGGAAUGGGCCGCAGCGGCGGCCGUGGCUGCAGCGGCCGGAGCAGCCGGUCAUCAACAUCACUUGGAUACCUAUGGUCCGGAAAUACACAUUGAAGACGACGGCUUCGGAGAUGGAAGUUUUGGGGCAGGAAUGAGUGCAGGUAGGCAGCUACGCGGAUCAGGGUCGGCUUCGGUCACCGACCAGGGCCAGUCGUCAGGAUUGUCAAGAUCGGUCUCCAAGAAACGGAAAAGAGGAGAGGAUGCACUUGAUCCGGCGUUGACAGCCACCGGUGGAGUAGGCCUUCCUGGUGGUCCGCAGCAAUCGCAGCAACAGCAACAACACCAUCUUCACCCGCCUUCUCACCAUUAUGAUGGAGACAGCUUAGAUAUUAGAGCCGUCCCGCCCCAAUCUCUGUCUGACGCUCGAGCCGCUGGCGUUCAUUCCGCCGCUGCACUUUUCCGCCAACCUUCCAGUAACAAGAAACACACUCGUCCGCCAAUGUCAAAACUCUUCGCCUCUCUGGAACUGUCGCCGGAAAACUUCUUGCAUUUACAAGCGGCCGCGAAAGCUUAUAUGCUCGAUCCUAAACAUCCGGAGAGACGGGAAUGCGUUGGCCAGCGGGGCAAAGGUGAUACUGAAAUGGUUAAAUUAAGGCUGUGGAACUGUGUGCGCCACUUCUUGGAGGUCGAAGGGAACGGAGAACGGUUCUUCGGCGAGAAUGUCGUCAACGAAGGCAUGGGUCCGAGGUCUUACAUCUGGCCGCGCGACCAGCAGAAAAUCAUUUCUUUGGUGAUUCCCCUACUCCGGAGAAUGGUUACCAAUGAACGCCAGCGACAAUAUGCUGUUGAAACGCGGAAAGGAGGCGGCGCUGAUGAGCGAAGGAGACGGAAGACGAAUGAAAGCUUUCAGACCUUCACUACCAGCGCAAGUCCGCCGAGGUUUUCCUCUGACGGGCAGCUUCAGAUGCACCCUCAACAUCAUAUGCCAGAAGAAUAUUCUUCAUCGCAGGUCCCCAUGCCACCACCUCAGCCCCAAAUGGACUCGACAUCACAAAACAUGGAGCUCGGCCUGACAGAUCUUCUACUCGACGGAUACACGCAUGACUGGAAUGUAAUUCACAAGACAUAUGAUAUGUAUAAUCACGACUUUGAACUCGAUAAUCUAUGGUAUCUUUCGGGUCUCCAGCAGCCGGACUGGCGAGGUUUGGUUGCCGCAGUCGAUAGUCACUACCAGGUCGUUCAUGAGGGCGGCUACGAUUGCACUGCGCCUUGUGAGGAUGAGAACAUACAUCGCAUCAUAAAUGCGGAUGUCACGUCGGAUCUACGCUGGCGAAUCGGCGGCAACCACAACCCAACUGCCAGAAAUGAAUUUGCAAGCAGCAUCACCCGUGAUGUUUCGCGCAUUAUUCGCGACAACUUGGCCGCUAAGCAAGGUGUUCACACUUCUACUCAUGACCAUGAUCCGAUGCCGCAACCUCAGCUCUUUCCGCCACCGCAGUUUCCCUCCGUGUCAGGAAACGCAAAUACCAAUGCACAUAGUUCCAUCUCUGCACCUCCGAACUCCGUCUAUCUUCGUAUAAAUAUCAUGCAGCAAGGAAAACGUAUCCUUCCUCGCCUUGAUGUAUCCGCUGUGCAGUGUCCCGAUCUGGAGACGCUAAAGCAGCUCAUCUCUCGUCGAUUUGCAGGUCAAUUGCCGGGCCUACCUUCCGAUUCUGCCAUGGAUGCAUCGGGGGGCUCAUGGAGCUCUUCGCUCGGUUGGAAGUUCAAGGCUUGGCUUCCCGAUGGGUUGGCCGCAGUACAGAACGACGGCGACUGGACAAUGGCCCUUCUUUCAGCUGGUAAUGUGGACUGGAUGGAUGGCGAUUUGAAAGUUCUUGUGGACCUAGAGAGCACAUAA